ACAGGCACACCUUCGUGGAUGCGGCCGGCCUUACCUUUGUUUGGUAUUUUGAUGGAUGUGAGUACCGGCGAGUGGGGACCGCCCCACGCCGCCCGUGAACCAAUCGGGACGGGCCUGUGACGGGCAACGGGGAACAACAGUUCAGGGGAGAUGGCGCCCAGCUCGAAAUCUGAAAAGGACGAAAGCAAACAGAAAAGCCAGAGAAAGCACAAGGACCAUGUCGUGAAGCUUCUUAUGCGCGGAAAGCUGUCAGGACAGUUUUCUCAGCGCCUGUUCAGGAAGCUACCACCUCGAGUGUGUGUACCUUUAAAGAAUAUUGUCAGCGAGGAGUUCCUGAGAGCAGGACACAUCUUUCUUGGCUUCACCAAAUGUGGCCGCUACGUUCUGUCUUACACCAGUGACUGUGGAGAAGAUGAUGAUUUCUCUUUCUAUACCUAUCAUCUUUAUUGGUGGGAGUUUAACAUGCACAGCAGACUCAAACAGGUCCAUCAUGUGCGACUUUUUGCAGGGGAGGAAAUCUACAGUGACCUGUACCUUACAGUGUGUGAGUGGCCAAAUGAUCAGUCCAAAAUUGUCAUCUUUGGCUUCAAUACACGCAGCUCAAGCUCUGUCCUGAUGAACCUAAUGAUGAGUGAUGAGAACAAUAGAGACAUCUACAUCACCAUCGCCUCCAUGCCACCUCCAAAACCUUGCUCUCACUGCUGUCCUGUUCCCUCAGUCACUACCAUACGUACAGGAAGUGGUGAGUGUCUUGAACAUGGAUAUGUGCUCAACAGCAGGUACCAGGUUGUGUAUCCAUUCCCCACUUUUCAGCCAGCUUUUCAGCUGAAGAAGGACCAGGUCAUUCUGUUAAACACUAGCUACUCUUUGGUAGCCUGUGGCAUCUCAUUCUGCCCAGGUAAACCGGGUCAGUCAUCACAAAUCCUUUACACAAAGAGAGAAGCCCUGUCAAGUCAAGCUUCGGCAUCUCUUUCCUCCUCUUCUUUGGUCUCUUCUUCCUCACUACCUCAGGAAUCUCCCGAAAAUCGACUUCCACCUAUCAGGCCUGCUCCAGUUCCCUUAUCUCCUAGCCAUUCACAAGCAGCAAUGCGAGCCCGGGAGUUUGCUGCUGACCUUUUUAGGCGAGCCCAGGGAGGAGGGAAAAAUGGCGAGGGCCAGGGGGAGAGGAGAGCAUCUGAUGGUAGUGAAAAAGAGGCAGUACAGACACCAGGAGACAAAGGGACUAAUGGAGAGACUAUGAGAGAGGAGGGGGACUGUAAAGAGUUGAGGGUAGAGGAGAGAAGGACUAGUUUACUACAAGCGUUAACCUCAGGUGUUAGCCAUAGUCUGCCACAGGGUUCUGAACAAGUGAUGUCUCCCGCCUCUUCUUCCUCAUCCCCAUCAGCCACUCCGACUCUGUCCUCAUCCCAGGAAGCCAGCGUCAGUGAGCCUGGAUAUGUAAACUACUCACGCCUACACUACUGCCUACAGCAACCAGGGGCAGCAGAGCAAAAUGCAGGAACUACAGGAGGUUAUGAAGAUGAUAAAGUUCAGCUGCCUUUCACAGUCACAGAUCUGAAAGGACGUAACCUGCAGCUGGUUACUGAGCCACACAAUGGACAGAGUGUGUGUGUUGAGCAGCUGACUCUGGACUUUGAGUAUCUUAUCAAUGAGGUGAUCAGGAACGAUGCUGCCUGGGCCACACAGUUCUGCUCUUUUAGUGACUAUGAUGUUGUGAUAUUAGAGGUGUGUCCAGAGACCAACAUUGUGAUGAUCAACAUUGGUCUGCUGUUACUGGCGUUCUCCAACUCAGACGAGGAGCACUGCAGGCCAAACACGUACCAUUCCAACCUCCAGGUUAGCUGGGACCUUAACACGGGUGUGUGUCGCACUGUGGGUGUUGGUGACCUCACAGAAGUCAAGGGUCAGACCAGUGGAACUGUCUGGAGUUCAUACAGGAAGUCCUGUGUGAACACGGUGAUGAAAUGGCUCAUCCCUGAGAGCAGCUCCCGCUACAUCAAUCGCAUGACCAAUGAAGCUCUGCACAAGGGCUCAUCUCUGCAAGUGUUGGCAGAUAGCGACCGAUGUACCUGGAUUGUAUUAUGAAGAAAGAUCUGUAUGUGUUGAAAUAAGAGAAAGAAAAGCACAGACGUACACAUCGACCCGACACCUGCAGUAUCGACCUUAAUUAGAGGCUGCGUUUGUAGCACGUCUUUAAAGCCGAACAAAGAACCAGACGAAAUACUGUAAAGUUUUGUUUUGUUUUGUUUUGUUUUGGGGGGGUGUUUUUGUAGUUGUGUACUGUAUUGUUGCAACAACCAAAACUGAGAGCUGGACUGAACAAAGACUUUACUUUUGCUUUUAUACAUUAAGGCAGUUUUAGUGUGUGUUUGUGUAACUGAAUGUAUGCAAUAUCUGUAUCUGUAUGAUGUCCACAUGAUUAUAGGUGUGUGUGUGUGUGUAAAAUCUGACAGAUUCUGCUGCUUCUAAACACGUUUCUCAUCCAGUCUGGACCAGUUCAGUCCAGCUGUGUGGACUCAUAAGGGUGCAGUAUUUAAAAUUUGAAUAAGUGUACCGCUUCACUUGAUUGUUUCCGUUUUUGUUUUGUUUUUUGAAACUUGUCAGUGGAAGCGGAGGAGGCACCUGUUCAGCUGGCUGCUGUCACAGCAACGAAGUCAGAGUGUAUUCUGUUGGGAUAUUUUGUUUAAAUAAAAUGUUGAAAAGCCUUUAGAGUGUGUUGUGUUGAA